AUGACUACUAUCAAUGCAGACGGCGCCUUCAAACCCCCCCAGGCCGCCCAGAGCCAACGCAAACCAGGGCUCGAGAAACACAUGCAGCCGCCCAGCGAGUCCUCGAAACUCGAAGCCGCCGGCCAGUUCAAGGAAUACGUCGGCUCCGCCAAGUUGAAAGACAAGGCCGCUCUGAUCACGGGGGGAGACUCCGGCAUCGGUCGUGCCGUCGCCGUGCUGAUGGCCCGUGAAGGCGCCCACAUCAGCAUCGUGUACCUCCCCGAGGAAGAGGAAGACGCGCAGGAAACACGCCGCCUGGUCGAGAAGGAAGGGAGAGAAUGUCUUCUCUUCGCCGGCGAUCUGACCAGAUGGGAGACCUGCCGUGCCGCCGUGGACGCGCACAUCCAGAGAUACCGCCGCCUCAACGUCCUCGUCAACAACGCCUCCAAACAGUAUCCCUGCGCGGACCACGCGCAGAUCGACCUCGCCGCCGUCGAGGACGUCUUCCGCUGCAACAUCCUCCAGAUGAUGGCCAUGGCGAAAUACGCCCUCCCGCAUCUGACGCGCGGCGACGUCAUCCUCAACAACGCCUCCGUCCUCGCCUUUCGUGGAUCCGCCCAUAUGGUCGACUACGCCGCCACCAAGGGGGCCAUCGUGAGCUUCACCCGCUCUCUGGCGCUGCAGCUGGAGCCGCUUGGCAUUCGCGUCAAUGCCGUUGCGCCCGGCGCAAUUUGGACCCCUAUCCAGGUCGACUCGAGAGAGGCGGGCGAAAUGAAAGGCUUCGGCUCGACGCUGCCCUUUGGACGACCGGGGGCGGCGAGUGAAGUGGCCACAAGCUUUGUCUUUCUCGCCAGCGCAGAUGCAGCUUUCUAUUCUGGCCAGGUUUUUCACUGCUACCCGUUGGGGGAUUAG